CACUGAUUUAGAAGGACACAAGGACCUCUACAAGGACGUCAUGAUGGACAAUCAGCCGCCCCUCACAUCACCGGAUGGAUCCAGUCAUGGGAACCCACCAGAGAGAUGUCCCCGUCCUCUGUAUUCCCGGGAUUCCAUACAGGAAGGUCACACCAUCCCUCACCAUCAUCAGGUAGAUGGAUCCAGUCAUGGGAACCCACCAGAGAGAUGUCCCCGUCCUCUGUAUUCCUGGGAUUCCACACAGGAAGGUCACACCAUCCCUCACCAUCAUCAGGGCAAAGACCAGAUUGAUAUGAAAGUUGAAGUCAAAGAGGAAGAAGAAGAGACGUAUGUGACGAGUGAUCUCCAGCCUACAGAGAAGGUUGAGUCCUCUGUAUUCCUGGGAUUCCACACAGGAAGGUCACACCAUCCCUCACCAUCAUCAGGUAGAUGGAUCCAGUCAUGGGAACCCACCAGAGCGAUGUCCCCGUCCUCUGUAUUCCCGGGAUUCCACACAGGAAGGUCACACCAUCCCUCACCAUCAUCAGGUAGAUGGGUCUAGUAAUGGGAACCCACCAGAGAGAUGUCCCCGUCCUCUGUAUUCCCGGGAUUCCACACAGGAAGGUCACACCAUCCCUCACCAUCAUCAGGUAGCUGGGACUGGGUACUUCAGAGCCAUUCUAAACUCUGUGAGAUUACAUUUUUAAGGAGGAGUGGGAGUAUUUAGAAGGACACAAGGACCUCUACAAGGACGUCAUGAUGGACAACCAGCCACCCCUCACAUCACCGGAUGGAUCCAGUCAUGGGAACCCACCAGAGAGAUGUCCCCGUCCUCUGUAUUCCCGGGAUUCCACACAGGAAGGUCACACCAUCCCUCACCAUAAUCAGGUAGAUGGAUCCAGUCAUGGGAACCCACCAGAGAGAUGUCCCCGUCCUCUGUAUUCCUGGGAUUCCACACAGGAAGGUCACACCAUCCCUCACCAUCAUCAGAUUGAAGACCUGACUCAUAUAAAAGAGGAAGAAAAAGAGACGUAUGUGAUUGGUGAUCAGCAGCCUACAAAGGAUUUUAAGAUGAUCACGAACAAUAAACUGGAGCAAUUUUUUCAAGAUAUUGACACAGAUGGUUCCAAUUUCAGGAAUUCCUCAGAGAGACAUCUAUCUCAAGAUUAUGAGGAAGAUAAUGGCCUCACACGAUAUUCUCUAGAAGUGAAUCCCAUUCCUGAUGAUUUAAUACACGAGGGCCCGUACCAAUUGCAGUGGUCAACGAAUUCCUCUAAUCCUGAGGAACCUUCUGAUAAAUCACAUGGUGUUAAACCAGAAAUAAAUCUGAGAUAUCACAGUAUAGAUAUAUCAACAGAUCCUUCAAAUUCCAGGGAAUCUUCUCUGGGGGUUGAAGAAGUUCACACA